UCAGAUUGUACCACAGUUUUGUUUCUGAGGAAACCAUCAUGAAGAGAAUAAAUACCAGUCCAGCUCCAGGCUGCUCACAACAGAGGAAAAACACAGCAGAGAGGAGAGCAAAGAAAAAACAUGGAUCCUGAGGUUUUGUUUUCAGUUUCAUAUUCCUCAGCAGGCCAGUGGAGAUGAUGUGACUAUCUGUCACUGCUCUUUGUUCACAUUGUCCCACAGUUUCGUUUCUGAGGAAACCUUCAUGAAGUGAAUAAAUACCAGUCCAGUUUGAGGCUAGUCACAUCAGAGGGAAAACACAGCAGAGAGGAGAGCAAAGAAAAAACAUGGAUCCUGUGACAGGUGUAGCAAUUGUGGCAGGUGCAGUAGGGGCUGUGGCGGCAGCCCCUGUUGUUCUCGGGGCCGCAGGUUUCACCGCAGCUGGAGUGGCAGCAGGCUCAGUGGCUGCUCAAGUUAUGUCUGCUGCUGCAGUGGCUAACGGGGGUGCAGUGGCAGCAGGAGGUGCAGUGGCUGCUCUUCAAUCCGCAGGUGCGGCUGGUUUGUCAAUGGCCGCCACUGCAGCUGUGGGCAGUGUUGGAGCAGCUGGGGGGUAUGUGGCAAGCCUCUUUUUCUGAAUAAUCAACAAUUGGUUAUCCUGUUAAUCUGAUGAAGAAAGUGAUGAAGCAGCAUUUUUAUGUUCUGAAAUGUUUGGAAAGUUGUCUGGUUUGCAGUCACCUGACAUGAUGUUUCAUUGUUUGAAUCUUACAUCUCCGAAAAUAAAAGCAACCGAGUUAAAACACAUUUAAAA